AUGAUGCCACAUGGACCCUUGCAAACUCUAGAGAAAUCUCUCACACAUCCAAGGCAACAAAAUGGGCAGGCUCUUGACCUCAAUGUGAAUCUGAUAAUUUUCAUGCAAAUGUUAACUACAGCCGUUCCCGAAAAGGUUGCUUUUUUGAAUUUUUUUUUGGGGGCGGUUAGGGCUGUUAGGGUUGUACUUUACAUAUUAUUGCCCAUAACAAGUUGA